AUGGAAGUUCUUUCAGAUAUUAAAUUAAAUGCUAUCAAAAAUGCUACUUUUUUUCAAAAUGAAACAAAAACUAUUACAAUUCCAUUGUGGCUUCAAAAUUUACCUGAAAAAUUAUUAAAUUUAUCAUCUCAAACUGAAAUAAUUAGAGAUGAAAUUAAUGCUAAUGUUGGUAAAAAAGAUAGUCCAAUUUAUUUGUUAACAUUUAUUUUAUCACUUUUAACAAUUAUCAUUCUUCUUUCUUUAUUACUAUUUUUUUGUUUUUGGCUAUGUUUUAGGAAAUUUAUAUCAUUAAGAAAAUAUAAAAUAAAGAAAUCAAAAAGAUUGGAUUAUAGAGAUGAUCAAAUGAAAAAUGUUACAAAUAUUAAUGUUCAUACAAAUUCAAAAAAAGAUUUUGAAACUUUAAGUAAUAAAGAAGUGGGAACAAAAGUUGAAAAAGAAUUUGAAGAAAAAAUAUAUUUUGAUAGAUUUGAAAAACCUCCACGUGGUGGAAUACAUACAAGAGUACCAUCUGAUAACUAUUUUCCUGAAAAAAAUUAUGGAAGAUGUUCACAAUUAGAAAAAAAUGAUAAUAAAAUUGAAGAAUAUGGUCUUGAUAGAUUUGAAAAAAAGCGAACAUACUCUUCAUCACUUGAUAAAAAAAAUUCUAAUAAAAUUGUUAAAGAAUUAUAUUGCCCUAUUUCACUAAUGGAUGAUGAUUAUCGUUCAAGAAUUGACAAAAAAAAGAAAAUGAAUUACUGUUUGGAAAAUGAUAUUAUAGAAACACAAUCAUAUGACAUUGGAAGGUGUUAA